AUGGCUCUUGUGGAGGACGUGCUCCUGCCCACCAACCUCACCUCCAGCAACCUGAGCAGCUGCAACGUGCACAACCAGCACUUCUCAACCAAAGUCAUCUUCUCCCUUUUCUACACCAUCCUGCUGGUGUUCGGUGCCUGUGGGAAUAUCCUGGCCCUCUGUAUCACCUUCCAGCGCAGGAAGAAGAAACUCAACUCCACUGACCUCUACCUGGUGAACCUGGCGCUCUCCGAUGCCCUCUUCACCCUGGCAUUGCCGGGCAGGAUCGCCUACUACAUCCUGGAGUCUGACUGGCCCCUUGGGGACUGGUUCUGUCGGAUCACAGCUUUCCUUUUCUACAUGAACACCUACGUGAGCAUCUACUUCAUGACCUGCGUGAGCGUGGACCGCUACGUGGCCGUGGUGCGCACCCGGCACCCCGGCAGGAUUCGGAAGAUGAGUCGGGCCAGGGCCAUCUGCAUCCUCAUCUGGUCCUUGGUGUUCCUGCAGACGGCUCCGCUGCUCCUGCGGCCCAUGACGCGCAGGAUGGGAGACAAGCUGACCUGCAUGGAGUACUUCAACUUUGAGGAGAUUCCCAAUCUGCCCUACCUGCUCCUGGUGGCCUGCAUGCUUGGCUUCUUCCUGCCUGUGGGAAUCAUCUUGGUGUGCUAUGUAAGGAUCAACCUCAAGCUCUGCCAGACGGCCAAGGAGAACCCGCUGACAGUGAAGAACGGGCACCACCACCGGGCCUUCACCGUCAUCCUGGUGGUUCUGCUGGCUGUCCUGCUCUGCUUCAGCCCCUACCACCUCAACAUUGUCCAGUUCAUGGUCAGGAAGAUCCUCUACCAGCCGUCCUGCCGUGAGCAGCAAGCCUUCAAGAUGUCCCUGCAAAUCACUGUGGCAUUCAUGAACCUCAACUGCUGCAUCGACCCCAUCAUCUACUUCUUCGCCUUCCGGGGCUACAAGCGGAGGCUGCUCCGCAUCUUCAGGAACAGCGGCUCCCUGGCCACUUCCUCCACUGCCAAGACCCCCUCGGAGAGCAACAGCAACAGCCAGCCGCCCGGCUCCAGCUCCGUCUAG